AAACCCGUGAAAAUGGCGUCGAUCUACAUUGAUGAGGACGUCGGAAGAGACGAGCCCACCGCGACCGGUUCCGAAUCCGCUCCUUACAAGACUCUCGUCCACGCUUUCUUGCAGCACCCCCCCACCGAGGGUACCCAAUAUCUGACGCGCAAGUCCCAGACUGAGCCUACCGAAGAGGGUGCCGACAAGUUGCAAUGGAAGCCUGCCACCAAGUCCGCCAUCAAGAAGGCCACCAGCAUCUUCGACCAGCGCAAGAAGAAGGCCGCCAAGGAGCAGGAAUUGGCCAUCCGUGAGAGGCAGGAGGCGGACAAGCGUCAACAGGUCCUGGAGGAGGCUAAGAAGGUUGUCAUCAAGGAGGAUACCUCGCUCCCAAAGCCCACCAAGAUUCGCUUGGAUGAGACCGACCCAGCUGUCAUCAAACUGGGAUCUCCCGAGUCCGAGACCCCGGGAACCCGCGUUCGCGUGGUGGGACGAGUCCACCGUUUGCGCGCCCAGAAGGGUGUCGUUUUCCUCACCUUGGGAGAUGGAUACGGCUACUUGCAGUGCAUCUUGACCGGUGACUUGGCCAAGACCUACGAUAUUAUGACUCUCACCCUGGAGACCUCCCUCUCCAUCCACGGUGAGAUGCGUGCCGUGCCCCCCAAGCAGCACGCUCCCAACGACCGUGAGCUCCACGCCGACUUCUUCACUAUCAUCGGCCGUGCUGCCGGUGACAAGGAAGCUAUCACCACCCGUGUGGCCAAGGAUGCCGACCCCCAGACCCUCUACGACAACCGUCACUUGGUUCUCCGUGGUGAGACCUCCUCUGCCGUCAUGAAGGUGCGCGCCGCCACUCUCCGUGCCUUCCGCCAGGCUUUCGAGGAGAACCGUAUGCUGGAGGUCACUCCUCCCGCCAUGGUGCAGACCCAGGUCGAGGGUGGCAGCACCCUGUUCGGAUUCGACUACUACGGCGAGAACGCCUACCUCACCCAGUCCUCCCAGCUGUACCUGGAAACCUGCCUUCCAUCCCUGGGUGAUGUCUUCUGUGUCUGCCCAUCCUUCCGUGCGGAGAAGUCCCUCACCCGCCGCCACCUGUCCGAGUACACCCACAUCGAAGCCGAGCUGGACUUUAUCACAUUCAACGACCUCCUCGACCACCUCGAAGCCGUCAUCUGCCGCGUUAUCGAGCUCACCCUGGCCGACUCCGCAACAGCCACCCACAUCAAGCAGCUCAACCCCGACUUCAAGCCCCCCAGCCGUCCCUUCAGACGCAUGAAGUACUCCGACGCCAUCGACUGGCUGCGCGAGCACGACAUCCCCAACGAAGAGGGCAAGCCCCACGAGUUCGGCGAUGACAUCGCCGAGGCCGCUGAGCGCAAGAUGACCGACAUCAUCAACCAGCCCAUCUUCCUCACUCACUUCCCCGCCGAGAUCAAGGCUUUCUACAUGAAGAAGGACAUCGAGGACCGCCGCGUCACCGAGAGUGUCGACGUGCUGAUGCCCGGCGUCGGUGAAAUCGUCGGUGGCAGUAUGAGAAUGGACGACUGGGAUGAGUUGAUGACAGCAUACAAGAAAGAGGGCAUGGACCCGUCCCCUUACUACUGGUACACUGACCAGCGCAAGUACGGUACUUCCCCCCACGGUGGUUACGGUCUUGGUCUCGAGCGUUUCUUGGCUUGGUUGUGUGCUAGAUACACUGUGAGAGAUUGCUCCUUGUAUCCUCGCUACACCGGCCGUUGUACCCCUUAGACGAUUAUGCAUGCAUGAGUUACUAUAGAUACAAUGAGAUGAGAUAUCUGAUUCAACCACGAGUCCAUUAUACUCCUGUAUUCAAGAAUUACAAAAUGGAUAGACUUCGUUAUGCAAUACUACUAAUAUACACCAGUAUAUAGUAUAUAGAUAACUUCAAUUAACGUAUACUAUCAUCAUUCCUCUCCUCAAUCCCCCCAUCAUCAACACCAACUUCCCUCCCAACAGCAUCAAAUUGCACCACGACCUGCGUCGUCUUCCGAAUCGCCCCCCUCCCUUCAUCCGAUAAAUCAACAAUUUUAACUUCUUCCCCAUCUUCCGGCCUCUCACUAUCAGCAUGGUAAACAGUGUCACUCAGACUGAACUCCUCCAACACAUUCCACCCACCCACCAUCUUAGACUCGCGCCGUUUCGAUACCGUCUCGCGCGAUCUCGGCUCGCUCUUUUGCGCCGCGUAUGACGAUCU